AAACUCUUUAAUGGCGGCAGCGAAAAAGGGUUUCGAUGAAGACCCAUUUCCCGUCGAGAGUUUUACUCGGUUUCUAGAUUCCGAAGACGAUGCGAGCCUUGAUAUGGUAGGAACUGGAAGCUUUAUCUUUCCUGCUAAGAACGGUCCUAAGAUGCUCUGUUUUGGGAAUCCAUGCAACCAAGGUGAGAAAGGGUUUGAUGAGUACGGGAUGAUCGCUCAGAGGUCGAGAAUCACUGUUAGUGAUUGUUCUUCGGUUUCAUCUAGCAACCACAAUAGCACAGGUAGCUUCUCCAACCCAAAGACGAAGUCCCAAAGCGGAGAAGCAAAGAUAGAGCAGAAGAAGCGAAAUGGGUUGAGCCUGGGAUCAGUUCCUAGUUCGAUCUUGGUCUCAGGAGAUUCAAGUGGUAACAAGAAGACGAGUAAGAAAGUUAAAACAGAGAACCUUACCUCAACGAGGCCUGCAAAGGCGAGGAAAGAGAAGCUUGGCGAUCGGAUUACAGCAUUGCAACAACUUGUUUCUCCUUUUGGGAAGACAGAUACGGCUUCUGUUCUUCAUGAAGCAAUGGGAUAUAUCAAAUUUCUGCAUGACCAAGUUCAGGUUUUGAGUUCUCCAUAUAUGCAGGGAUUGCCUUCAUCUGGGCAUGGGCGGAAUCUGCAUGAGGAAAGAGGAGGAGGAGGAGAAGAAGAAGAAACAAAAUACGAACUGAGGAGCAGAGGUCUGUGCCUGGUACCAGUUGCUUGCACGGUUCACAUGGCCAACAGUAAUGGAGCUGAUUACUGGUCGUUUGCCAUGGCAUCUAACUCUUCCAAUUCCAACCCCAAACAAUGAAAAUCUUCUUAUACAUGUAAAA